CUGGAAGAGAGGAUUAGACUGAGAGCAGACGACAUAAAAAUAGUGAUAAACAUUUGAGAGACAAUGCAAACCUACCGGUUGAAAUCUAGCGGUUUUCCGUUGGAAGUGAACACCAAAAGGCUGAAAUACAACUAUGAGGGUGGAACCACCGGGUUCUCUUCGGAAAUCACAUACUCUCUCGGUAACACUCUCGUAACUAUCAACGUAACCCAAGAGAUUUACUCUGGUCGUGUAAACGCAGUCUACAUCGACCUCUCCGAGGACAGUGGUAACGGUUCUUUCGCUAAUCUGAGCCUGCAAGUCACGAGAAACAAGAGGUACGGCAUUUUAUGCAAUUACAUGAACACCUUUUUCGGAGGCUCCUAUGAUUCCUUCAAGGAGAAUUACUGCGCCCCACCUUUACCAGAUAGAGAAGUGAUUCGUUACAUUUGUCGUGAUAGCGGUUGCGGAGGGUGUUUCAUUCUAAAGAAGAAGAAGGAGGAUGGUGAGGUGGUGAAGAUGCAGGCUACGCACGAUUUCAUAGUUGGCGAAGAGACCAUGCACGUGAAAGUGAAAAUAAAGAAUAACGGUGGUGUGAGAGAAGAAGGGUUGAAUGUUGAAGUGGAAGGACCGAUGAAGCUUACAACGGAUUAUAUGAACCAUGUGGUUUCGAGCAUGACGAGGAAGAUGCGAGGUGCGAUUAAGGCAAGUACGGUUCCACUUGUUAAAAACAGUCCCGCUCAACCACUUGUUAGAAACAGCCCCGCUCAACGUUCGCCCAAGGGUGGUGGCGGAGAGUCUUAUGUUUCUGACGAUCGCCUGCAUUUAAGAAUGAUCGGGAUUUGCAGUGUCCCUCCUAGCAGUUCCUAGCAAAAUAUGGACAGUAUGUGGUGAACAAGAAUAAGGGUUGUGAUCUAGUUGUUAUGGUCUCAAACGUCGUUUCCCAUUCCUACUCAAAACCUGAUUGUUUUUAGGUUGGUGUAAUAAAGUGAAUGUAUCAAUUUACUUUACUUUACAUAAA